AUGCUCUGCGCUAGUUGUAUUUGCGUGUGUGUAGUUGUACGCAAACCGAUCGUUAUUCGCUCACGUGGAUCCUGCGGCUCCACUCAAGGGUGUAUAGUGACGGUUUAAAAGUUUCUAAAUUACUUUUGAAGCACGUUGCCUGCAAACUUUUUUACCUACGAGUUGGUAACCCAUGCUCACUGCACGCGGCCAACAAGGAUCACGUGAAAAUCGGAGUUUUCCUUUUUAAAAAAAGUGCGAACAAGGAAUACAUAAAACAACCAGUACAACUUGUGUACGAAAUGGAAUUUCUCUCACACACGGUGGCCAACAGCGACCACCAUCAUCAUGCUCAUGCUGUUGCUAGCAGUGGACGAACCAGUGCUGCCAGCAGUAACCACAACUGCGAAAUCACGCCACCGGAGCGUACGGAAUUCUGCCAAGCAACAACGCACCGGUUGUCAACAGUUUCCCCCACGGCAUCGGGCGUUGGAACGCGUUGCCUGGAACUGUUCGAGCAGGCCGUGGCACUGGAACGGCGCAUGUCAGGAAGUGAUGGUGGCGACGUAAAGGUGUCGCUGGUUGAAAUCGGCGAUCUAUGCUUCGCUACCAAGGUAAACGAUAAACAAAUUAUCUUCUGCACCAAGCGACGCCCAGCAAGGGUACCCGUAGCGAGUGGCAGCAGUAUCGGUGGUGGCGCUCAGGACGUUAGAAAAGGAUCCGAAUCGGCCGCGGGUGGUUCAGUUCCUCGUCAGUUGUCAGCCGGAGCGGACCGGCAGCCUCAAGCAGAAGUAGUGUGCAGCGUUGUGGCAGCGGUUGGUGUGGACAGUAGUGGUGAGCUGGUGGAUAGUUUGUACCUAGCACGUGACGGACAACGGUGGUUACGGGUGCCAGAAUCGGAUCCAGUAGAUUUUGCUGCUAGUGUCGACGGUAGUGCAACGGCCGCCCACUGGAGUAGCACCGGUUCGGCCGGUACUCUCGGUCACGCUGAUCCGGAGACCGCGGUUAAACUCAUUUUCGACAGUAAAAGUACGAAAGGACGUCGGACGACCGGUCGUUCCGGGUCGGACCAGUUUGAACAGUUUUGUGUCAAGUGCCGUGUGUAUCUCUUGGAGCAUUUCGCAAAGUUUCGCAACAACGUCGGCGUGAUGUCGCGCUUGAAUGGUAAGGAUUUUGCACCGAGCUUAGGACUGCGCCACUCGGAAGGUGGUGGUGGAGGUGGACCCGGCGCAAACACCAGUAGCGAUCGCUCCAAGAAACCAUUCUCCAGACCGUUCAACAAGAACCGACUGCAGCACGAAACGGCUGCAACUGCUGGCAGUGGUGCUGGAGGAACAUCUAACGUCGCACCAGCCACAAGGAUGCCCUCGAGUACGGGAAGCAGCAGUUCGCCACCGAGUGCUGCCGAUACAAACGCCCUCAUCCGUCAGAACAAUGAACUACGCCAUCGGCUUCAGGAGGAGGCGAACAACUAUCGGCGCCGGUUAGAUACGUACAAGCAGGCACAGAACAACCAGGCGGCCUUAGUUAGUCGACUGCAGGCAAAGGUACUGCAGUACAAACAACGCUGUACGGAUCUGGAGCAAUUGCCUCCAGCAGCUGCCAGUUGUAUCGGUGGUGGUGGUAGCGGUGGGCGCUAUGGAGGAGGAACUGGAAGUCGCGAACCAUCGCCCGGAUCUAGACAUCCGCAUCAUCCACAUCAUGUACCAUCGUCGCCACCACCGGCAGGAGGCGCUAUCUGUUCCGAUGGAACAGGGCCACUCAGUCUGCCCUCAGUGUGUCCGGCAGCGCGAGAACGCGCUCGAUCACGAUCGCGAUCGCAAUCCCCGUGCCGGAAGUAUUCCGAAGGAUCCCACGACGAAAUCCGCCAUCAGCUGGACGAGGAACGACGACGCUGCGAAAAAUUGCUGGUCGAGAACUCCUGCCUGCGGCAGCAGUUGGAAGAGUCUCAUCGCACCAACGACGCAUUAACGAACGAUCUCCAGAAGCUUACCAGCGAUUGGGAAAGCUUGCGCGAUGAACUAUUGAGCAAGGAGGACGAAUGGAAGGAAGAGGAACAGGCUUUCAACGAUUACUACAACAACGAACAUACGCGGCUGUUGAAAAUGUGGCGCGAAGUGGUACAGGUGCGCCGCAUGUUCAACGAAAUGGCCUCCACCACUAAGAUGGAGCUCGGUCGGAUGCAUCUCGAGCUGUCCGGUACGGUGCGUGAGGUGUCGGGUGCUUGUAGCGGUGUGUCCGUUAAUCUGAAACAAUCGUCUAAAUUUGAGGAGGCACAACAGAUGCACAUUGAGCGUGAAAACAUGGAGCUCAAAUCGCAACUUUCCGAACUUCGGCUCCAGUAUGAAGCGGCAAGGCAAGAGAUAAGCCAGCGUGACCAGCGACUGCAGCAGAUGGGACAGGAUCUGAAACUUCUCGAUGAUCGCUACACGCAAGCCGACAGUCAAGCAGCGCAGGCACACCGCAUGAAUGAUGAACUGGAACGACUGCAGGCGGCACUACGCGACAUAGCUCACGCGGUGGUCCAAGACGCAGAAACGAGCGCUUCGGCCGAUGUAGGAUGCGGUGGAAUUGCCGGCGAAGGUCAGCAUCAUCUGCAUCUAUCGCAGCCAAUCGUUUCACCUGGAGUGGCCCCACGAUCACCGAAACGUUCUUCCGCCGGUGCCGGCAGUGGAGGACUAAGGGCUUCACAGGCUUUCGCGGAAGGAACGAUUUCAGCUGUACAGGCCGCCUUGCAUAAAUACCAGCUAGCCAUACAUGAUCUGCAGGUCAAGCUGCAGACAAACAAUGAAACACUGAAGGCAACACGGAAACAGUACGAUGGUUGCGAGCAUGCACGUGACAUGCUGUCCGGCAAGGUGACGGAGCUGACCGAAAAACUCGACUCGGCGAACCAUCAGCUCUCGGAACUGUACAAAGAACGGGACAGUCUGCAGAAGACGCUGGAUGGAUUGCGCUCGGACAAGCACACAGUGGAACGUGGAAAGGCGGAACUGAACUCCAUCGUCGAUAGUUUAAACACCGAUUAUGAGAAGCUACAGAACGUCAAUAGCAAACUGCAGAAAAUGUACGACGCACUAGAGGAAGAGAAAAAGAUGAUCGAGCUGGAGCUGCAGCGUGUGCAUAAAGACAAAGACAUUCAGGAGUUGAAUUUAAGAGCGGAAGAAGAACGAUGCAGUCGUCUACGAGAAGAAACCAUCACGCUUAGAGAGGAGCUGAACAAGCUCUAUCUCUCACGAGACUUGCUCGAACAACAACGCAUCGAAUCGGACGGAUUGUUGAACAUGCUCGAGAAACAGAAACUCGAACUGGAGUUCGAACUAGACCGCGUGACUGGCGAACGAAACGAAUUGCACGCCACAUUGGAAAAGCGUACCAACUCCAACGAGCACCAGGAACAGGAAAUCCGCCAGCUGAAAUCGACCGUCGUACAACUGGACGAAGAGCGCAGCAAACUACGUCUUCAGUCAAAUGAUCAGAGUGCUGAUCUAGCUUCCCUCAAGAAAGAGCUAAUUAGCGCCGAACAGGCCAGACUGGAUCUUGAUUCCGAAAAGCUGGCUAUCAGUGAACGGUUGAAGUGUCUCGAGAUGGAAAAAGACAAGAUCGAGGCUGAACUUAGUUGUGUUGCUCGCGAGCGUAAUGACCUCAGCAAUCAGCUUGCAACUAUUUCACGCAAGAAAGAAACCGUCGGCGAAGAGGUGAUGCGUUUACGGCAGCGGUUAGAACAAUCGAAUGAAAUGAAUGGUCGACUAAAUCGCUCGCUGGAAGAGCUGGUGAAGGAGAGUGAAGAGAAGACGGUUACCAUCGAAGGGCAUGAAAAGGAACUGCAGAGAUUGCAGGAACAACUUGCUUCAAUACGCAGUGAGAAGGAAUCUUUGGAAGCCGUUCUUUUCGAUACGAACACAUCGCUCGAAGAAGCCGAAGCCAAGAAAGAUGCUCUGGAGCGGGAAAAUCAAGAUCUACUUAUCAAACAAGAAUCGCACAAGGCCCUAAUUGCACGACUCAACAAAGACCUGGAAAACGCGGAACGACGCGCACAGGACAUCAAGAUCCAGCUGACGAAUGCAGCCGCAAAUCAAGAGGCCGAGUUCCUACAGAAACUUUCUAGCUUGCGCACAUUUAGCGAGGAAAACAUCAAGAAGCUGAACGACGAAAAGGAACAGAUUCGGCAAACAUUAGAAAAGCGCAUGCAACAGUCACUGCAAGCAUUAGAAAGCGCUAAAGAUGCCGAGAUUCGGCAGCUACGCGAGCAGUACGAGACACUGCAGAUGCAUCUGGAUGCGUUGAACCAACAGCACGAGGAAGUGAUCCUGCGGGCAGAGAAUGAAAAGCAGCAAGCCUUGUUGAUUGCCCACCGCGACAAACAGGCAGUGAUCGAGAAGUUGGAACUCACAGCACGUGAAUUAAAGAAUGAGCUGGAAAAUGGCGAUCGGCUGAAGCGCGAGAUGGCCGCCCGGCAAGAGAAGGAUCGCACCACAAUCGGAUGCCUGCGGGACGAAAUUACUAAGAUGCGUACGAAAGCCGAAGAGGCACGUAUUCGAGCGGAAGAGGAAAUGAAUCGGCUCGAGGUAGCUGCGGGGUCGCUGCGCGAAGAGAAAGAUACACUGUUAAAAGAUGGAGAAGAACUUAAGGUGCAACUGCGCCUUUCGGAGGAUCGUUGUGAUGCAUUAAACCAUCAACUGCAAGAUACACAACGCAAAUUAAAGGAAGCGGAAAAUAAUACUGAUGCAACGAGGAAGGACUUGACGGAUACCAGAAGAACAUUGGCAGACAGCAACAUCGAAAGAGAUAAGUAUGCUAACAGCAACAAAGAACUAAGGGACCAUGUGAAACGUGUAGAAGAACAGCGUCGUCAGCAGGCACGCACCAUCGAAGAUGCAAUAGCUAAGAUUUCUUCAUUGGAAGAAACGCGUAAUGGCCUGGAGCAGGAUAAGGUGCGCCUGCAGACUAUCCUCAAGGAAACAGAAACGAAUGUCACUAAGCUUAAUCAGGAGCUUACGAAUGCUCAAACCGACAUACAAAAGUUCCAGACGGACACAAGCCAAAAGGAUGCCUCGGAAAAAGAACUUCAGGCCCGUUUGGUAAACGAAGGCGAGGAAAAGGAGCGUGUGCUGGCAGAGUUGCACCAGAUCAAAAAGCAGAUGGCCGACUUAGAGGGUACACUGUGCGCCACACGGCAGGAACUCGGCCGAGCGCGUUGUAAGGCAAACCAGGACGAACACCGGUUCCACCAGCGUGAACAAGAGCUGUGUGGACGCAACGAGGAAGGUCGUGGUCGUGAGAAACGACUCGAAGAUCAGAAGCAUAAUCUUGAGGUGUGUCUAGCCGAUGCGACACAACAAAUUCAAGAGCUAAAGGCACGGCUGGGCGGUGCCGAAGGACGUGUUCGUGCGCUCGAUGAACAAUUGGUACAGCUGGAGUGUCAGAAGAAGGAGGUUGAAAACAAGCUCAGCUCGAUCGGACACACGUUGCGCCGCAUUGCGGGUAUUCAGAUGGAUGGCUCGGUCAGUUUGCCGUAUCGUCUAAUGAGUCCGUCACGCCGCUACAGUCCAGCGAGAGGUGGUACCGGUGGACGGUCGGAGAGUGGCGACUAUCCACCGGGACACGGUCAUCACGGUCAUCAUCACCAUCAUCAUCAUCAUGGACACGAGACACGCAGUCUUUCCGGUGAGAAUGUACUGAUAGAUGUUGAUCCGGAGAUGGUACGGAAGGGCGUACGAUCGUUGAUGCAGCAAAUCGCACACAUCGAGCGCGAACGGGAUGAUUUCAAGGUGCAGCUUUGUACCGCUCGCAAACAGCUACAGGAAGGCAGCGACGCACAACUUCGCCUGGAAACGAAGAUCAACAAACUGCAACAGCACGUGCGUGCAGUGCACGAAGACAAAACCAACCUAGAGGCUCGGUUGGCGCAGAAGACGAGCGCCUUACAAUCGACCGAGGAAACACUGCGCCAGAAGUCAGACGAACUUACCGCUUUGCGCGAGAAAGCGGCUCAGCUAGAACAGUCUCUAACGAGCACAACCGAGGAACGAACACAUCUCGAGGAGCGUUUGGACAAAUGUCGUCAGGCAGGAGCACGGCUUGAAUCUGACAAGCGCCACCUGCAGGAUGAACUAGCACGUACAGAGGCACGUGCCUCGAAAUUGGACCUGCAACGUGUCGCCCUCGAGGGUGACAUACAACGGCUGCAAAUGGCAAUGCAGGAGAAGGAUUGUACGCUGCGCAAUCAGCAGGAACGGCUGGAAAAUCAACAGCGUUCGUUGACACAGCUGGAGGAUCGUUGUGUAGCCCUCAAGAGCACCGUCGACCAGCUGAAGGAACGGCUACAGGCUGCGGCCAUAACCGAAACGGAGCUGCGCGGUGAAAUAAGCGGCUUACAGCGGCACAAUGCCGACCAAAGCCACACGUUCGCCCUUGGCCAGGACAAACUGAAGCAACUGCAGAAAACGCUUACCGGCAGCGAAAAUGAGCGCCGCGUACUGGCCGAACGUUUGGAUGCGGCCCAACAUACCAUUAAUGAGCUGCGGCGUAACCAGCAGGCUGCACAGGACGGUACCACCCGCCUCCAGGAACAGUUGGCCGAAUGUGAGGUUCAGAAAUCAACCCUUGAAAGUCAACUGCGACUAGCCAAGUGGAAUCAGGAAACAAGCGAACAGCUCGCAGCAACGGGUGGCAACAUGGGCGGAGGUGGCGUAAGUGCUUCGGGCGAUCAGGAACUGGCACGACAGCUUAUCAGUUCGCAGCGAGAACGUAACGAGCUGCGCAACCAGGUGGAAGCACUAAACGAUAAGAUCCGCACAUUGGAGCGCGAUAAACGUCCCGUUGGAAAGUACGAUCGGUCCGAAAAGAAAUCGGCCGGCGGUGAGUACGAUUCCAACCGCAUCGAGUCGACGGCUUACAACUGUGGAUUAGAUCAUGCCCAGAUCGAACAGGAAGGACGCGAGCUGCGCAUGAAGGUACGGCGCCUGGAAACGCUGCUGGCCGAAAAAGAAGCGGAAUUGGCACGAUCAAGAGCGAAGCUGCUGGAAUCACCGAGCAAGGCCAGCAGUCUCGGUGGUGGCAGUGCCGGAGUGGAUGUAGAACGCUACCGGAGCGCACAGGUACAGGCGGAACGGUUGCUAGACGCACGGGAACAAUCACAUCGGCAGCAAGUCACUCGUCUGGAGAAUCAAAUCGCUAUGCUUCGGGAGCAGCUAGCGCAGGAGGCAAAACGACGCCAGCAGUACAUAUUGCGUAGUUCGCGUGCCGGUAGAGAGAUGCAACAACUGCGACAGACUAUCGGGGAAUCACUACGUAACGUGGCUCAGGAUCCGCUAGACACGGGUUUACUCGAAAGUGAAGCUCGUCGAUUGGACAGUGCUGUAUCAAUGAGCCUGCCACCAACAACUGGCAGAGGAGGUAGAGGAGAAUAUGAUCGCAGUCUCAGUCCCACAUUCCGUUAAUAUGAUCGAAUGUGCCGUUCAAUGCAUACUACACUGCCCUAACCUUUAUUGUUAAACAUCGAUCAAGUCAUUUGAAAGAUCGUAUCGAACGUCAUUGUAGGCAGAUACAGUAGAAAUGUGUCGGACUACAUUUCUAGCGCGAUUUACAUAUAACCGUCCAAUUUUCAAUUAGUAGUAUAGAAAAGCAUUCACUAUGCCGCUUUAAGUAGGAACAUUCGCUCUCACAGAAAUUGGAAGUCGGAUAAAACCAAUCCAUUGAUCUCAAACAGUCAUAUGCAAAGCUUUUAAAGUACGGUACGGGUACGGUAGCGAGUGAGAGAACCAUCAAAUAGUAUGCAAAAAUGAAAACAUAUUUAGAAUAAGUCAUAGUAUAGUCGGUUAACGAUUUACCUAUAGGGGUUUAUAGCAGAUAUCAUCGUAAGGAUGCCUUCAUGCGGUUAAAAGUCUCGACAGACGCAUGCAUUAGUCAACAUCGAGUGUCACCUUAUCCGAAUCAAUUUCAUUGCUUUAACUCACAAUUUUAUCAAUCGACAAAGUUGUUCCUUUAGCAUGUAAGUUUGGCUCCGUUAGGGCAAGAAUAUUUAUUAGCGAAUCAUUGUCAACCACAACCAAAAUUGUCGAUCAUUUCAAACACACAAAAUAAACCAAUUCAUUCAACUAGUGUAAAUCA